AUGGGUCGGAGAAACUAUAUUCCAGGAAUUAUGGGUGGUAUUGAUACAAAAAUAGAAAAAUUCCCGUAUGUGGUUCAAAUUGCCCAUUGGAUCGGCAGUGCGUGGACUGUUCAAUGCGAUGGAGUAAUUCUUGAAUUUAACAUAAUAUUAACUGCUGGACAUUGUAUCCCAAUUAAGUUUCUCAAUACGAAAAGAAAUUUAGGUAUUGAAAUCCUCGCUGGUACAACAUUUUUGGAGGAUUUUUAUGGAGGAAAAUUUAGGAACGUACGAAAGAAGGAUAUAAGGAUUCAUCCUCUGUAUAAUAUACUUCCAGGUGGUGGUGUUGAUUACGACGUUGCUUUAAUUAAGCUCAAACAAAAGCUGCGUUAUUCACAAAAAAUUAAAACAAUAACAAUAACUACUGAAGAUUAUGAAGAUAUGUCAAAUACAGAUGGAAAAUAUACUGGAACAUUAGUUGGAUGGGGUUACACGGGGCCAAAAACUCGUCCACAUAUUUUACAGAAAAUUAAACUCGAUAUCUUGGGAAAAGAAAAUUGUCAAAAAUUUUCUUAUUAUGGAGUUACAGAUCGUAUAUUUUGUGCAAUAUACAAGAAAGACUAUACAAGGGGUGGAUGUGGUGCUGAUUCUGGUGGACCAUUCAUAGUUUCCGAUAUGCUAUAUGGUAUCGUUUCUUCAGGUUUUGGAGGAAGGAAUUGCUCUUUUGAUGCGGAUAAAUUACUUCAUCUUACUCGAUUAACAGAAAGAAACAUUUCGGAUUGGAUACGUAAAACCAAAAAAGAACUUUUGAAGGAUGAUCUUUGA